AGAGAGCGCUCUAAAGGGAAGGUGAGAUCUCAUGCUUUCAAAGUCUCUCCGAAAUUGCCUACCCUACUUUAAACCACGGUGUAAUGCUCUAAUCGCAUCCAUGUCAGAUAAAGCCAGAGCCGUGUUAGGCUGGUCAUAUGAUUUAAACAUGCCUACUCCUGAGGCGACCCGCUCCAUGCAAACAAAACGACUUUUAUUAGGCUAAUGAUGUGACUGGAGCUUCCAUUUCAUGUGUCCGCUCUGUUGUAGUAAAUAGAUCUCUCAUACUCACUGCUGCUCAGAGGAGACCUCGCUCAUGGAGCGGUGACACACUUUCGUUUCCCAGCAUGCAGCAGGAGCUUUGGCUGAGGGCCCUUCUUGAUACCUGCGUGUGCAAUGAGAUCAGCCGCUGCGCAAACACUCCCGACAAGACCGACCGAACAAGAGCUCAAAAAUGCCUUAUCCAACAGCGCCACAGGACACAACCACCACAUCUCCAACUCCAGCAGACCAGCACAGUCUAGAACAAAGACAUCCACAGACACAGUUAAUUGUACUUCUUUGCAUCAUCAUGGCCAUAAUCGAGAAAAUGCAGAUCAAUGUGAUACUGCCGAGGGCCCCUGGAACCUAAACAACCCAGUGAAAGCCUCAAGGAGCCACCAGGAGCUUCACAAAGAGCUGUUACUGGCCCACAAAAAGCGGGACAGAGGGCUGGUGGUGUGCUGUAAGCCGGAGCUUCAGACGGUUCUGGAGAGGAGGAAGCGAGAGCAGACCCAGAGGGAGGAGGGGGAGCAGAGCAGGAGUCCUCUGGAGCAGGUGCUUCUCCAGCGCCAGCAGAAACACCAGGAGAUGAUGAAGGAGAAGGAAGAGGAGCAGAAGUUACGCGAGGAGGUUCAGCUCAUGGAGUUUGUGCGAGUGAGACAGAACCUGAAGAAAGUCCACACAGCUCUACAGAAGAACAUUCACUCCUGAUCUGACUAAAGACAUACUUCAUUUGUCCAUGCAGCUUCAUUUUGAAAUAAGAUACACAGAGUUUCAUAUCUAUUAUGAUCUUGUUGUUAACCUUUUUUCAUACAUUUUUAGUCUGUUACAGUUCACUACACUUUUCAUUUGUGUUCUGCAAUAAUUUAAUCGUAAAAAAAAAAAAAAAAAAAAUACUAGCCUAAUCAUCAUAGUUCCCUCUAAAUACCAUUAUUACAAAUUAAUACAAAAAAAAAAAGAAAGUCUAAGGUUACUUCAAGCAGUGAUUCAGAAACUGUAAUAUUUUGCUGAGUGGUGACCUGUACAAAGUUACCAGUUUUAUUGCAGAAAACCUUAUUACUACAAAGUACUUAAGUAAAUACCACGAUUUUACCAUGGUACAUGUUCAAUCUAUGUGGUUUUCACAUCAAUUUUUGGUACUUUGUAAAGAAAAAAGAAUAACGGGACAAAACACCGUGGUAUUUUUUUGUAUUGGGUUUAAAAGUAUUUAUAAAUGUCAGUAUUUUGAAAUCAAACCAGAACGAACUAUUCAUAUUGUAUUGAAUAAACAUGGCUUUGAUUGAUAAA